CUGAGAAAACAGGACACGUUUGUUGCAUGCUGUUUUGAGUGCAAGUUUAUCAACGAACUAAUUUCUUUUUACAUUUUGUAAAAGAUUUUAAAAGCUUACAUUGUAUUGAAACGUGUGCGGUAUAAGAAACGACAAAAAUGGAAAACGGUCAAGAAGAGACUAAAGUUGAAACUGUAACGAAUGAUGCUGUUGAUGACGAGGUUAAAAACGAGAAGCCGGUUUCUAACGUUGAAGAAAAUGCCACUAAACAAAUAUCUGAGGAACCAUCCAAUGAACUCUUGGAAAGAAUAAAGACUCAGAUCGAGUUUUACUUUGGAGAUGUGAAUAUGCAAAGAGAUAAAUUUCUUAUUGAGCAAACAAAAUUGGAUGAUGGAUGGGUUCCAAUGACUGUUAUGUUAAAUUUUAAGAUGUUAGCUUCAAUGAGUCAAGAUACUGAUGUCAUAUUAAAAGCUAUAGAAUCGAGUGAGCUCAUGGAAAUUUCUGAGGAUAAAAAAAAGAUUCGUCGUUCUCCAAAGCAUCCUUUGCCAGUGUAUAAUGAAGAAUAUAGGAAAGCACAAGAAGCUAGAACAGCAUAUGUAAAGGGAUUUCCUUUACAGGAUACCAAUAUUGAAAAACUUAAAGCAUUUUUCAAUGAUUAUGAACCAUUUGAAAACAUUGUUAUGAGGAAGUAUCAAGAUAAAGAAAAAAAAUUGCAGUUCAAAGGUUCUAUUUUCAUACAAUUCAAAACUUUAGAGAAUGCAAAAGCAUUUAUGGCUAGGGAGUCCAUAAAAUAUGGCGAUACAGAGUUGAUUAGGAAGUGGUCAGCUGAUUAUAGUGUGGACAAGGCAAAGGAAAAGGAAGAUAGACGACAAAAAAGAUCAGAAAUGAAAGCAAAGAAAAGUGAAUCUGGAAAAGAGAAAGAUGAUAAGAGUGGUGAUGAGAAUGAAAGUGAAAAGGAUUCUGUAUUACCAAAGGGUUGUGUAAUUCACUUUUCUGAUAUACCUGACAAAUGUACAAGGGAAGAUAUUAAAGAUCGUUUGGGAGAACUAGAUGCCAGUAUUGCAUUUAUUGACUUCAAAAUAGGUGACAAAGAAGGAUGGGUUCGUCUACAAGGAGAAAAUACUGCGAAAGCUAUAAUUGAUAAAAUGUCAGAAAGCAAAGUAUUACUUCGCAAUAAACUAGUUACUUGUCGCGUUCUUGAGGGCCAAGAAGAAAAGAAUUAUCUCAUUAUGGCCGAAGAACAGAUGGCAAAUAGUAGGACAAAACAUAUUAAAGGGAAGAAAGGCAAGAAAGGUCGUAAUACGCAACGAGGUCAACGGAAAAGGCGUAACAGCGAAACCAAUGAUUCAGUUGCUGCUAAAAAGAUGUCUGUCGAUUAAAUCAAAAAUAUUAUUUAACUUGAAGAAACCAAAAUUGUUCUAUACUUAUUCAACUACACAUGUAUAUUAAUCAUAUUUUUAUUAUACAGAUAUCUAUGUAUAAAAUAUGAAAAAGAUAGCCGUUACACUGCUACGUAUUCGAAGUAAGCGACUACUUUAAACGCAUAUUUUUUGUUAAGCUUAGGCAGUGUGUAUUAUUUAAAAAAGAUAAAAGUACAACACUUUAUAUUUGUAAAUUGUACAUUAUUUCAU